UGACGCAGCGCGGCUUGACAGGAAACCAAACACGGAAUUGGGGAUUUGAACGAUCUUACGUGUCAUUCCCAGAGUGUCAGUGAUACAGAAGUCUCCUGGAGUCGUCAGCAGAAACGUGUCGCUGCUUGUCACUGUCUCGUCCUUGAUGAGCUGUCAUCACCCUGGUAACGGUUGCUAACAGCGAGAAGAAAUGAAGGCCUUGAUCCUUGUGGGGGGGUACGGGACCCGGCUGAGACCGCUCACCCUGAGCGUCCCUAAACCGCUGGUGGAUUUCUGCAACAAACCAAUACUACUGCACCAGGUGGAGGCUCUGGUCAAGGCCGGGGUGACUCAUGUGAUUCUGGCGGUGAGCUACAUGUCAGAGCUGCUGGAGAGAGAGAUGAGAGUCCAGGAGGAGAGACUCGGGAUUCGUAUCUCUCUGUCUCAUGAGAAGGAGCCUCUGGGGACAGCUGGUCCCCUGGCGUUGGCUCGAGAGCUGCUGAACAUCGACAACGAGCCCUUCUUUGUCCUCAACUCGGACGUCAUCUGUGAUUUUCCCUUCAAAGAUCUGCUGCAGUUUCACAACAACCACGGCAAAGAGGGAACCAUCGUGGUCACACGGGUGGAGGAGCCCUCUAAGUACGGCGUGGUCGUGUUUGAGACAGACAGCGGCCUGAUACAUCGCUUCGUCGAGAAGCCGCAGGUGUUUGUGUCCAACAAGAUCAACGCCGGCAUCUACAUCUUCAAUCCCAGCAUGCUCGGCAGGAUCCAGCUGAGACCAACAUCCAUAGAGAAAGAGAUAUUCCCCGUGAUGGCACAGGAGGGACAUCUGUACGCCAUGGAGCUGCAGGGCUUCUGGAUGGACAUCGGUCAGCCUAAAGACUUCCUGACGGGGAUGUGUAUGUACCUUCAAUCUGUACGACAACAUGCUCCUGAGAGGCUACGCACAGGGCCCGGUUUCCUCGGCAACGUUCUUGUGGACCCGACGGCGCAGAUUGGCGAGAACUGCACCAUCGGGCCGAAUGUCACCAUCGGUGCGGGCGUGGUGGUAGAGGACGGGGUGAGGAUAAAACGCUGCACGGUGAUGAAGGGAGCGCGGGUUCGAUCACACUCCUGGCUGGAGAGCUGCAUCGUGGGAUGGAGCUGCUCUGUGGGCCAGUGGGUUCGUAUGGAGAACGUGACCGUGUUAGGGGAGGACGUGAUCGUGAAUGACGAGCUCUACCUGAACGGUGCAAACGUCCUGCCUCACAAAUCCAUCAACGACUCGGUCCCAGAGCCACGAAUCAUCAUGUAGCACGGGUUGGAGGACAGAAAAACCCAGCGCCUUUUUUUUAAUAUAUGAACUCUGUUAAUCACCCAAACUGUGCCAGAGAGAGAAAGAGAGACAACAAACAGGCGGGUGACGUACAGAAAAAGGAAGGAGAGAGUUUAAUUUUCCUUUUUCAUCCUUAGUUUGGACUCGUUUUUUAGCCCUGCUUCGCUGCAUCUUCCAUCAAUAAGCCAAACAUCAAAUGCUAAUGUUCUGAAUGUGGCAGUAAAUGUGUUACAUAAACACUGCUUUAAUAAUUAAAAAAGGAGAGGGAGGGGGCUGAUAUACCUGGGCUGGUUGUCUGUAGAAAGGUGGAGGGAGUCAUGUGAAGUGUGGGAUCAGAGGGAGGAACUGUUAGACUCACUAUGCAUUUACAGCUCAUGGACGGGUACAGAGUGUUCAGACUUAAUCAUGUCAAGGCGUGUUUCAGAGAUUGGAAGACACAGAAAUUACUUAUUAAACAAAAAGCUGUGAUAGUUAGCUGAAGCUGCGUUUAUCGACGCAUUUUGGCCUCUUGGGGGCAGCAGAGAAAGCUGAAAACAGAACAUCUAAUAUGAACAGUUGCUAUGGUGAUUGUUUAAAGGUCACAUAUUAUGCAACAUACUCUUCACCAUGUUUUUCUAACACUAAUAUGUGUCUGUAGUCUGUCUACAAACCCCCCAAUUAUGAGAAAAGUCCAUCCUCCGUCUUUUGCCUGCUCCACUCUUCAGAAAAUGUGCUCAAACAGGCCGUUUGGAGAUUUUCCCUUCAUGACAUCAUCAGAGUGGAUUUAGAACAAGAAACUUCACAGACAUGUUUUGAGGAGCUCUGAGACUUAUUUAAACUGGUUGAAGAGGAGGAGAAUAUGUGACCUUUAAUCAAAGUGAUGUUCAUUUAAACGUCCUGUGAAAAACAUUCUCUAUCAUGUUUGUCAUCUUAUGAAUGUAAUUGAUUAAUUUGUAGAAGAAAGAAGAAUAUUAAUUAGUGCGGCUUGAGCUAGUGAUCGAACUGUGUCAACUUUAAGGUUUUCUGUUCUUUGUUUAUCAUGCAAACAGUGCACUUCAAGGCCAAGCUGGUCACUACAAAAAAUGAACAAAAUGUAGCGAGCAACAAGUUUCUCAUGUCCGAUUAUAGAUUUUAGAGUCAGACAGUUGGGCACAAUCUGGGAAAUAGACUUCUUUUUCUGCUAUGACUCAAAUAUACAUUAGCCCUGUCUGUUGAUUUAAGUCGUCCGUUUGGUAAAAAAAAAAUGUUAAUUUAAGGUCCAAUGGGAACAAGGUUAAAGGUGGGGAGUGUGCACUGACUACGUAUCUUGUGUUUAACUCUGUAAAUAGGAAAUAACAUGAAUAAAAACCAGGGACUGAACAGAAGUACAGCCAGUCAGGAGCAGGGACCGUUUGUGCACUGCAUUCUAACCAUCGUUACUUAAACGCUCUACAGAUAUCGCCAUAUAAAUACAGAACCUGACAAGACUUUUGUUGUGUUAGAAAUGUUCUGGGAUACAUUUGUAGUCCAAUCACAUUUCAGCAGGGUUUGGAUGUUUGCAAGACAAAACAGUCUGCACGGAGAGUGAAAGAAAUUCAUCUUCUAAAUCGCAGUUUGGGAACCAAUAAGCGAUCAUCAAACCCCAGUGUAUUUUCAAUCUAAAAUAGGUGUCAUUAAACCCUGUGUAGGGUUUUCCAUCCCUCUGUUGUCAGUCAGUCAAGUAACAUUCAAACGAUAUUGACACCUGGUUCGUUAACGCAUGGAAAAAAUAGAAAUCAUAGGCACUUGAUUACCAUAAAUUGCAGACAAACCCCUGCACACGGUCUCAAUCAAAACGUUUCAUUGUGCAGUUUAGACAGUGUCACCUCCUCUGCUGCCCCACAAGUGACAUCAACGCACGGCAAAAGGACAUGAGAAAUGUUGUCUUGUACAUUUGAAAGGAGCAUAGCUGCUCGCUCAGUUUUGCUCUCAGCAGCUUUUGGUUCAAAAUAUCACUUUAGAUCUGUAGCUUUGUUUCAUUUCAAAACUAUAGAUAAUUGACAUUUGGGAUUGUAUCAUUUUAAAACACAUUGAAGUAUUGAAUAUUUUGACACCCGUAGCCCCCAGAGGUGAAAUCUUUUUAAGAUGAUAGCUGAUGGGUUCUCUAACUUCUCCAAGUUACACCAUGAUAACGCUGCCCUGUAACGGCAGACACUCAGCAUGACGCCAUCUUUCACUUUCUUUAGUUAACUGCUAGAGUUGUUUCCCUUGCAGAUGUGUACACAUGUAUUUGUGGAGGAGCUUCUGACAGAGAACUGCAGGCAGGGGUAUAAUGAAGUGAAAACCUUAAAAAGUUUAAUGCUUCUGGGGCUUGUCACAACAUGAGAUCUUUAUUUUCUGACCUCAGUAGCUUAGCUACAUAUGCAUCUUUUACAUUUGACUUUUUACUGACCAAGAAAACACGCAGCAGUUGAAAUUAGCUACUGAGGUUCCUCUGAACGGAGCAGCUCCACGUUGUUAUGCAGUAAGUGAUAAACAGUAUUAAGAACUCUGAACAUCUCUCUGGUUGAUUGAAUGAAGUGAAUUCUUGUAAUGAAGUCUUCUUUUUUAAAGAGAAUAAUAUAAUCUACUGAUCACA